AUGACAAAUGUCAACAAGUCAACAUUCCCCACUACAAACAAUGGUGGCAGCAUCACUAUUGACUCUCCACAGCUGGUGUGCAGUCAGCCUGGACCGGUGGGAGCUGGAGGUGUUCCUGGAGCUCCUGGAUCACCAGGAGCCAUGGGCUCAAUGGGCCCUCCAGGAGAAGAUGGUCCUGAUGGGAGGGAUGGGAGCAGAGGAGAUAAGGGGAGCAGAGGUGAAUCUGGAAGACCUGGGAAUCAGGGGGAGCCUGGUGUCAAAGGGCGCAAAAGUGCUAUUGGAAAGACUGGACCUCUUGGAUUGGGGGGGCUGCGUGGAGCACCAGGACAAAUAGGAAAACAAGGAACAAAGGGAGAGCUGGGUGAUAGGGGGGAACCAGGGGCUCCAGGAGGUUGUAACUGUGGCAGCCCUGCCCGGUCUGCCUUCUCUGUGGCAGUGACAAAAAACUCCCCUAAGGAGCAUCGACCCAUUCACUUCAGACGCAUUUUGCUGAAUGAAGGACAUCAUUACAAUGCCAGUGCUGGAAAGUUUGUCUGUGUUAUUCCUGGAGUGUAUUAUUUUUCAUAUGACAUUACUAUAAGUAAAAGGAAUCUGGCCAUUGGGUUGGUUCAUAAUGGCCAGUACAAAAUCAGAACAUUAGAUACAAACUCAGGGAAUCAUGAUGUUGCUUCUGGUUCUGUCAUUCUUCGCUUACAGAGCUCAGACCAGGUGUGGCUGCAGAUAUACAACUCUGGACACAAUGGCCUGUUCUUUGACCCAUUUUGGACAGACAGCACUUUUACUGGCUUCCUCAUCUAUGCUGACCAGGACUAUCUCAGUGAGGCUAAUGCCAAAGAUAACAGGGCAUAA